CGAGCCUAGUGGCCGAAACGGUCCAUGUCUCUGCCGAACGCACCUCCGCACCCCGACCCAGCCCUCGACCAGACCGAGGACGCGAGGCCAGACCAUGUGGCAGAGAAGCAGGAUGGAGCAGUGAAGACACAGCCCGCAACCUUGGCGGGGAAGACGGCCCAGUCUGAAACGCCUGGCAAUGACGAUGGAGAUGACGAGGUGGGGCAGCGUGCCAGUGCCAGUGCCAGUGCCAGUGCCAGCGCCAGGCCCCAGGCAGCGGAGCGGAUAGAGGGCGUGAUAGCCAAGGACAUGGUGGAGCCAGAGGAGAGUGCUGUGGCGAGCUUGAAGGCAGUGCUGGAGACGGCCUCAGACGCGGACCCGGUCGACGAGCUCACGGCCACGACAGAAGACAUGGCCCUCGACGCGACACCACCGCGAGCGCCCACGCCCACGCCGACAUCCAGAGCCGCUGGCAAGGCGGCCAUCCGCUCGCCGUCGCCCCCACCGCCGCCCCCGAAAGACGACAGGUACCUCGCGACCAGCAACGACCCCAGCCGCACCACAUCGCCCGCCCCUCACGACAAGGCGAACGGGGGGAGUGCCGAAGACGCGGCGGCAGCAGAGUACACGGCCAAGUACCAUGGCGGCGAGGAUGCCGUCGACGACUCGCAGUCGGAGAUACAGAGCAUCAUGGAGCAGUUCGACGCCAACCCCCUACUCGAAUCCCCGCCCGUCUUCCCCGCCCGCCAGUCAAGCCUCGCGUCGCUGGACAAACCGCUGCCCACACCCGCCGACGACACGGCUUCGAUAGCCUCGAUCCACUCGCCCCCGCCGAGAACAUCCUCCCUAUACCGCGUCAGCACAAACCCGUCCUUUGUCGAGCCCGCCUCGCCCAGCGCCCACGCCUCGCAGUACAAGCCCGCCCAGCCAGUCCCCGAGCCCGAGCCCGACCUGCCCUUUGACUUCCACCGCUUCCUCGAGCAGCUGCGCCACCGCACCGCUGACCCCGUCGCAAAGUUCCUGCGCUCGUUCCUGCUCGAGUUUGGCAAGAAGCAGUGGAUGGUGCACGAGCAGGUCAAGAUCAUCGGCGACUUCCUCGACUUCAUCACCAAGAAGAUGGCACAGUGCGACGUCUGGCGGACUGUCUCGGACGCCGAGUUCGACAACGCCAGAGAGGGCAUGGAGAAGCUGGUCAUGAACCGGCUGUACAACCAGACUUUCUCGCCCGCCAUCCCCCCGCCAGAGCCAGCCUCCCCACGCAAAGGCCGGCGGAGACAGGACCCGCUAGGCCCGGGGCGGAGGGGGCAGCACCAGGAAGAUGUCGAACGUGAUGAGGUCCUCGCCCAGAAGGUGCGCAUAUACCAGUGGGUGAGGGAGGACCACCUCGACAUCAAGCCCGUCGGCGACAAGGGGAGGAAGUUCCUGAACCUGGCACAGCAGGAGCUGCUGAAGAUGAAGACGUACCGCGCCCCACGAGACAAGAUCAUCUGCAUUCUCAACUGCUGCAAAGUCAUCUUCGGUUUCUUGCGCACGUCCAAGUCGGAUCAGUCUGCAGACGCCUUCGUCCCCCUCCUCAUCUACACAGUCCUCCAAGCGAACCCAGACCAUCUCGUCUCCAACGUGCAAUACAUCCUCCGCUUCCGCAACCAGGACAAGCUAGGUGGCGAGGCAGGAUACUACAUCUCCUCACUCAUGGGCGCAGUGCAGUUCAUCGAAGGCCUAGACAAGACAUCCCUCACCGUCACCGACGAAGAAUUCGAGAAGCACGUCGAAGCCGCCGUAUCCGCCAUCGCCGAACGCCACGCGCAAGAACCCGAAAAAUCACACACUCAACCAGACCCCACACAUCUCCAUCCCUCCGCCCUGGGCCACAGACGCAUGCCCUCGCCGCACUACCACCACCUCGCCGAAAAAGCUACCCCCUCCCGCCCAGAAGUCACAACGCGCAACUCCUUCGACGCAGAGACAUCCGCCCCGCGCCCCCACUCUGCAACACAACGCAACAAACCCGACGCCCCCGACGCGCCAGAGGAGGAAAACCUCGCAGUCGCAGGCUUGCUACGAACGAUCCAACGCCCCCUCAGCACGAUUGGAAGAAUCUUCUCCGACAACGACACACACCACCACCCUUCUUCCUCGUCCUCGACGCCCCAGCAAAGUAACUCCCCACGCCCCCCGCCACUACAAGGCCCCCGCAAAUCCACAGACCACGUCUCCGAGAAGCGAUCCCCGGGCGACGCCUUCCCAGGGACGGAAGACCGCCAUAGACAGAAAAUCUCCGCACAGGAUGCUGCUGCGCGCCAGGCGUCUGCGGAUGCGGAGGAGGCGAGGCGGAUUCAGAGACAGGAACAUAGGGUUGUUGUUGAGACGCUGACGGGGAUGUUUCCGCAGCUUGAUCGGGAUGUUAUUGAGGAUGUUGUUAGGGGGAAGGAUGGGAGGGUUGGACCUGCGGUUGAUGCGUGUUUGGCGCUUGCUAAUCCUUGAGUCGUGAGUGGGGGUGAGGGUGUGGAUGGGUAGAUGGAUAGAGGAGUUGGAAGAAGUGUAUAGAUAUUCAUUAUAUAACAUGACAUGACAAGACACAACACGCACGAUACAUUCGUGAAACUG